GGCGGUGGCGCGUGGCUCGUGAGGGCUUGGUCGGGUCGCGCGGCGGGCCACCCCUGCCCUGGGGCGAGGCUCCCUCCCGCUGAGCCUCAGCUUCCUCACUUGGCCGAGCCUGAGCGCGCCCCACACCGGCUCCUUGGGGCUCUGGGGCGUCGCUCCGCGGCCCGCCUCGGUUGACUGAGGCGCAGGGGCCCCCGCGCGGGCCGGGAUGUUCGUCCUGGUGGAGAUGGUGGACACCGUGCGGAUCCCCCCGUGGCAGUUUGAGAGAAAGCUCAACGACUCCAUUGCCGAAGAGCUCAACAAAAAGUUGGCCAACAAGGUCGUGUACAACGUGGGGCUCUGCAUCUGCCUGUUCGACAUCACCAAGCUGGAGGACGCCUACGUGUUCCCCGGGGACGGCGCGUCACACACCAAAGUCCAUUUCCGCUAUGUGGUGUUCCAUCCCUUCCUGGAUGAGAUUCUGAUCGGGAAGAUCAAAGGCUGCAGCCCGGAGGGAGUACACGUCUCUCUAGGGUUCUUCGAUGACAUUCUCAUCCCCCCAGAGUCACUGCAGCAGCCAGCCAAGUUCGACGAGGCAGAGCAGGUGUGGGUGUGGGAAUACGAGACGGAAGAAGGAGCGCACGACUUGUACAUGGACACCGGCGAGGAGAUCCGCUUCCGUGUGGUGGACGAGAGCUUUGUGGACACGUCCCCCACGGGGCCCAGCUCGGCCGAGGCCACCUCUUCCAGUGAGGAGCUGCCGAAGAAGGAGGCCCCGUACACGCUGGUGCUUCGAGUGGGGGCAGCUGUUCUCCGUCAAGGCCAUCCCGUGCGUCCUUGGAGGCUGGGGCUCCCGGUCACUAGGAUUUCCUGGCAGGACUUAGCGCAUGUCCGGCACUGGCCUGCAGGUGCCCGUGGGAUCCAUCAGCGAGCCGGGCCUGGGCCUCCUGUCCUGGUGGACCAGCAGCUAGCCCGGGGGCGACGGCGGCCGCGGCCACCCGACUGCUGACCUGAAGACCCCAUCCCGGCCCCGGAGAAGGCGGUGCCACCAGCCGUGGAGACGACAGCAGUUUCUGCAGGUGCCCUACCAGACUGUUCCCUCCUUCGCCAUCCUGGCCCCUGCUCCCUUAAGUCCCACUGUCCCUGUGGACUUCAGCCUCUUGGUGACAGCAAAGUAAUAAACAAAGGCAGCAUCAGGGAGGA